AUCCAGAGCAAGAUGGAUCUGUCGUGGGCCUCGACGGGUCGAGGCUUUCCAUCACAUACCGUACCACCUCUACCUCUGGGUCGAGCGAUGCUGCCGUAUAUAAUAUAUAUAAGAUUUAUAUUCAGUCUUGACGACAUAUGGAGGAAGUACGAGAAACAAAAUUGGGGCUUUGGAAAAACCCUAUCAAGUGGUAGACUGUGGGGAGUUGGGACUUUGCGGCAGAGCGGAGAGAGAUGUCUACAUCGGCGGCGGCGGAGACUGGGCUCCUGAGGAUAGAAGAGAUAGAAGGGAGAGGGAGGGGUCUGGUGGCUUCGCAGCCACUGAAGGCCGGCCAAAUUGUCCUCAGAGACUCCCCUAUCCUCCUCUACUCUGCUUUUCCUAUGAUCAACCCUUCUUCUUCCUCUCGCCCCUCCACUUCCAAUACCUACUGUGCGAAGUGCUUCAGAAACUUAUCAUCUUCUUCGCCCUCUGUGGUUUCUUGCCCCUCUUGCUCCCACUUUCAUGUCUUCUGUAGCCAAAACUGCCUGUCCGCAGCACUCACUUCUUCCCACACUCCAUGGGUAUGCCAAGCCCUUUCUCGUCUCCGAGAUUGUUCCUCUCUCCUGCUUGAACAACCCAUGGAACUCCAGCUGCAGGCCCUUUUCCUGGUGGCGGCCUACCAUCUUUCCCUCGUCUCUCUUGCCCAAUUCCAGAUUUUGCUCUCUCUUGAGGGCACCCCUGGCGCCACUGACUCCGCCGCUGCUCAUUUUCUGCAUUCUCUCAUCUCCUCCCUCUUCCCGUCGCCUCCGCUUGAGGGUUUCUCGGUGGAACUCACGGCCGCAUUGUUGGCCAAGGACAAGCUUAAUACCUUUGGGCUUAUGGAGCCUUUUUCCUCCAAUGACGGUGGCCAACGUUCUGUCCGAGCUUACGGUAUCUACCCGAAUGCCUCCUUCUUCAACCACGACUGCCUUCCCAAUGCCUGUCGUUUUGACUACGUCGACACCUCCCCCGAGCACCACAACAACACCGACAUUAUCGUUCGAAUGAUUCAUGAUGUUCCGCAAGGUAGGGAGAUAUGCUUAAGCUAUUUUCCAGUCAACGAGAAUUAUGCCAGCAGACAGAGGAGGUUGAUGGAGGACUAUGGCUUCACUUGUAAUUGUGACCGUUGCAAGGUCGAAGCCAAUUGGUCUGAUGAUGAUAAUGAUGAUCUUGCCGAGGAGGAGGAGGAGGAGGAGGAGGAAGAGGAGAUAGACGAGGUGAUGGAUGAGGACCACCAUGACCAAAUCAUGGAAUCCUCCCUGGGGAAAGGAGAUGCCGACUUCCCCCACGCCUAUUUCUUUGUCAGAUACAUGUGUGAUAGAGAAAACUGCUGGGGUACGCUGGCUCCUUUGCCUCCUAAGGACGAGGCUACUUCCUCUGACGUUAUGGAAUGUAAUGUAUGUGGCAAUCUCAAGAAUGAUCAAGUGACUGAUGCAAAUGGAGAAGAAGACCAGCUUUCCAUGGAUGACUGAGCACUCUUCCUUCCUGCCUUUG